GGUUGCGAAGUGGCAGUCUGUCUGCGAUAACAUUAAAGGGCGUUUAAUCUGCUGCAACCUUCGCGAUGCUAAGACUAAAAACAUAAAGGAAAAAUAGAAAAUCUAACACUAAAAAAUGCAUUUAAACUUUAUUUCAGCGGCUCCUCCCCGCCUACCUCGAAACCGAGCACCCCGGUGGAGAUAUCGAGCGCAACGCUCAGUUGACGGCCGGCUUUUAAACCAAUCAGCUUCGCCCAUUUUCGUAUGCGUCGAUUCCUCAACCCUGAUUGGCUGAUUCAAUCUUGAGCAGCCCUUUUUAAAUUUUGUGGGACGAAAGGGUCGUACCCGUCUUCACAAAACCAAUUCAUAACCUUACGAUACAGAAAAAAGUGACGUUGGCUUUCCAGGUUUAAAAUCCCUUUGAAAUAAAGGGUCAGCCGAGAUGGCGAUGAACUUAGGUGUCAAGGCUCUUCUUUGCUGGGUUAACAGUAUCAAAUUGUCAGACCGAGAAAUAACAUUAACUAUUGACGAUUUACAAGAUGGGACAGUCUUACUGAAGAUUGUUUACAUGCUGAAAAAUGAAUCCAACUCCUGUUGCAUUAAUUCCAUCGAGGAUCGGUUUAAGAUCGUAGCAGACUUUGUGGAAAGGGAUUGCAGAUUCAGUGCAACCAAAGGCACUUCGUUGUCUUGGGACAACAUAGUAGAUGGCAUCAACCUAACAGUAGAAAUUGCAAAGGUGCUUUUGUUGCUCGUGUACCAAGACAUGAUGAAUCACCGCUGCACACUAAACACACUGGAAUGUGAAGUGGAGCGAGAGAUAGCGAACCUAACGAGUUCAUAUGUGAUGGAGAGCGAGGGCUCUGUUUAUUUGAAUCACAGCCUCGAUGCCUAUUUGGCAAGGAGACAUUUACCUGCCAACCGUGAAAUAUUUGAGGAACUAGCAACCACCUCUACAUCCAGUCUGUCGACCAUGUCCUCGCUGUCCGAUGGUGACUCCCCUGUCUUCAACCGCACACAGAAAAUCACAUUUUUGGAUAUGCAAACUGUGGCUUCUUCCUCAGUCAGCAAGUCUCCUCUGCAGGAUAUCAUGAACACACCUAAAUUUCAAUUGAGGAAGAUGCAGCGACAGAUGAUCAAGGAGAGAGACUACAGAGAUGGGUUGGAGAGGGAACUGGCCAGCAAGCUUGCUCUCAUUGCACAGAGAGAAACCCAUAUUAACCAGUUACAGUACCGCCUUGAUAAGCUGAAAGAAGAGCAAGGUGAUCAGGAGCAAGUUUUGAGGGAACAAAUCAAUGAGCUUGAGACCAAGAACAACACGCUACAAAUGCGUAUUCAUGAUAUGUUGAAGGAAAACAAAGACCUAAAGUGUAACUCCGCACUGAUGGAACGCAAAGUUUUAGAGUGUACAGAAGAAAAUGGUGUUCUUUCUUCCCAGAUGAGAGCAGUAUGUUCACAGCUGGCCAUCUUUGAGGCAGAAGUUGGCAGGCUGACAGAAACCCAAGCAUCUGCUCAGGAGGAGUGGAAAAGCAAAACAGACCACCUAGAGUCUGAACUCAACCAAACUACUGCUCAAAAGGAUCUACUGACUGAACAAAUUCAGAUCCUCCAGGGAAAGAUUUCAUGUUUGGAGGAGGAAAUAAGCAGGGCCUCUAAAGAAGAAGUAGGGGAGAAUAUGGGGCCUAUAAUGGAGAGAGAAAUGUAUGAGACUGAAAUCAAUGGACUGAAGAAUGAGCUGGAAAGCACAUUUUGCUCCCUGAAAAGGGCUGAGGUGGAGAUUCAGGCCAAAACACAGCAACUGGCAGAGUAUCAGGAAGAAAUAGCUCAACAGAAGGAUCUCCUAAAGCAACUGAAGUCCCAAAGUGAAGAAAUGAUUCAUGCCAAGGAUGAAAUUCUAAACAAGUUGCAAAGGGAGAUCAAUGAGCAGAGAGCAAUCCUUCAGCAAGAGAUCCAGGAUCUCAAACUUCAACUUGAGCAAGUUGAGCAUCAGAAAAUUGAGCAGAUGACCAGAUUACAACAGCAUAUUGCUGCUUGUGAACAAGAAGUUGAAAAACUAAAGGAAAUUAAGAAAGAGAAGGAAGACCUUCUCCACCAGACAGAAGAAAAAAUGAGAGAGCUUGAGACACAGUUAUCUGCUGCCAGUUCUCUAUUGGUUGAUAAAGAUCAACAAAUUAACAGUCUCAGAGAAGAAGUUGACAUUCUUACAGAUGAAACUAAAAGUGACAAAAAUGAAAUUCAAGCCAAAGAAGAAAUGCUUGCCAAAUUACUUCUGGAGAAGUCUAAUGAGCAAGAACAUUUUCAAAAUAAAAUCCAGACCAUGACAGUCCAAGUGGAAGACCUUAUCUCAUCUCUCAAACAGGCUGAGCAGGAAAUCCAAUUUAAGCAAGACCUAUUGGCUAAAACCCAACAAGACAAUACCCAACAAAGAGAGGUACUCCAACAGCAGAUUGUGACACAUGAAGAAGAGGUUCAGAAGUUAAACAAAGAGAUGGAGGUUAAAAAUGAGCAGCUUGUUAUUCUAAAGAAUGACAGCUCUCAACAGUCUGAAUUGCUCGAGCAAGAGAUUAAUGGUCUACAAGGCCAACUAGAAAGUCUGAUGGACACUCUCAGAAAAGCUGAGGAACAAGUUCGGGCUCAGAAGGUUAUUCUUACAGAGCAGGAGCAGGAAAGUGCUCAUCAGAAGGAGCUCCUGCAGCAACAACUGUCUGCUUCUGAGGAAAGGACGAGGAGCAUGAUGGAGGAGAUCCGGACUAAAGAGGAACAGAUUAACAUGUUGGAAAAACAAAGUUCAGAGCAGUCAGAAACAUUACAUCAAGAGAUCCAAGAUUUAAAGACACAGGUUGAGUCUCUUAGUUCUUCACUGAGGAAUGCUGAGGAGAAUUUGCAAUCCAAGGAAAAUCUAUUGGCUGAACAGCAUCUACAGAGCACUCAAGAUAUAGCGGCACUCCAUACGCAGAUGGUAGCAUCUCAAGAUGAGGUGAAGAGGCUAAAUACNGAGAUUCUUGCGAAGGAGGAGCAGUUAAUUCUUCUGAAGACAGAGACCUCUACACACUCUGAGUUGCUACAGCAAGAGAUUGAAAGUCUGAAUACACAAAUUAAAAGUAUGAGCAAAUCUCUUGAGAUUGCCCAAGAUCAGGUUCAAGCUAAAGAAGAUUUGAUGGCCAAGCAGGAGAAGGAGAGCACUAUGCAGAUUGAGGAACUUAGAAAGCACAGUGCAGUUCUUGAGGAGGACGUUAAUCGGCUCAGGGAGGAGAUCCAAACUAAAGAGGGAGAGGUAGACAUGUUAAAGGCUAAUAACCACAAAGAGUCAGAAGUGCUACAAAAUGAGAUCCAGACACUCGGGGACCAAGUACAAAGUUUGAGCGAAUCCCUGAAGACUACAGUAGAGCAGGUUCAGGCUAAAGAAAACCUGCUGACUCAAAAGGAAAUUGAGAUAUCUCAGGAAAAAGAGAAAUUUCAAAACUUGAUGACAUCCUCUGAAGGGGAGAUAAGCGAGCUGAAAGAGCAGAUUCAUGCUAAAGAGGACCAGCUGGUCACUCUAAAGAAAGAGGGCUCCAUACAUUCUAAUAUGCUACAGCAAGAUAUUGAAUGUCUAAAACACCAACUAGCUAAUAUGGUUGACUCUUUGACAAAGGCUGAGGAGAAGGUUCAGACUCAGCUAGUUAUGCUCACUGAACAGGAGCAGGAGAGAACUCAUCAGCAGGAGCUCCUGCAGCAACAACUGUCAGCUUCUGAGGAAGAGGUAAAGAAGAUGAAAGGGGAGAUCCAAGCUAAAGAGGAACAGAUGAUGCUGCUGAAGGCCGAGAGCUCAGAGCAGUUGGAUUCACUACAAAAAGAGAUCCAAAGUUUAAAGACACAGGUGGAGACUCUUAGCUCCUCAGUGAGGAAGUCUGAUGAAGAUAUGCAAUCCAAGGAAGAUCUGUUGGCUCAACAACAAAAACAAAAUACUCAACAGAGGGAGGCACUCCAGAGCCUACAGGAGAAAGUCAAACAAGUGGAGAUUCUUCAGGAAGAGAUUUCAUCACACAACGAAGAGAUUCAAAAGCUAAAAGAAUCUCAGGGUGAGAAAGACUGUCUCCUUCUCAAGGCUGAGGAGAAGCUUCAGAUCCUCCAGACUGAGUUGUCUGCUGUCAACACACACAUAGCUGAUAAGGACCAAAAUCUGAUCAAUCUCAGAGAGCAGGUCGCUGCUCAAGCUAACUUGGUUCAAAAAGCAAAGGAGGAAGCUGAAGCCAAUGAGAAGAUGUUGGCUGAGAUAAAGGAGGAGAGCUCCAAACAGACAGACGCUCUUCAACAAGAGAUCCAACGUUUGAAAGGGGAGUUGGAAACCAGUUCUUUUAAAGAGCAGAGGUUACUUGAAACUCAGCGGGAGUCUGCUCAGCAGAUAGAGCUCCUCCAGCAGCAGCUUGUCUCAGUAAAUGCAGAGACACAAGCUGCACAGGAGUUGCAGGUUGUUGCUUUUAGGGAAAAGGAGACUCUUGUUGGAGAAAAAGAAGAACUGAUGACCAGGAUUCUCCAGGCAGAAAAACAACUUGAAGCCAUGGUCUUUGAGAAGGAGAGACUUGUUCAUGCCAAGCAUGCCAUAGAGAGAGAGAACAUAGCCUCCCAUAAACUGGAAUCUGUGCUGCAACAGGAGUUGGAAAUGUUGAAAAUGGAGAAAGAAAAACUCUUGGAAGAGAGACAAAAGGCAGAAGAAAUUGAGAUUCUAAAGAGAGACCUUCAGGAACAGCUUUCAGCUAAAUCGGAGGCUGCAGAACACUACAAGGCACAGAUAGAGAAGGCAAUGAGUCAUUAUAAUAGCAAGAAGCAGCUUCUCCAGGAAAGCCAGGAGGAAGUGGCUGAACUCAAGCAUUCCCUUGAGGUUAAGGAGCGCGAGGCAAAGGCUAUUGCCAUGGAGAACCAGAUGCUUCAAUUGGAUUUGGACAAGGCCCAGACCAACGAGAAGAAACUUGUGGCUAUGGUGGCCAGUUUGGAGGCACAGCUGGCCUAUGCUGACCAAAACCUGCGGGCACAGAAUAGGAUUCAUGGUAAUGAAAGAAGUGGAAGAGAUUCGUGUUACUUGGAGGUUCCCAACACACACACAAGUGUUCAGACUAGAGCACAAGUGAAGAGAACUAUGAGCUUUGACAGCCUGGAUCAGAGCUCUCUGGAAGACUCCCUGAACACCACAAGGAAACUUUCAGCACCUGAUGAAUCGAGCACACCGCUUGUUCGCAGUUCGGAACGCUUGGCAGCCAAACGCCGUGGUCCACAUACAGAGUCAUUGGAAACCCUUUACUUUACACCUAUAAGCAACAAACAGAACAACAGGACCAGUACGGAGCACCAAACUGAGCUGGAUUCAACCCGGAAAAAUCCAACUUCAUCUGUCAAACGACGCAGGACCACGCAGGUUAUUAACAUCACCAUGACCAAGAAAACCCCAGGCGGAGGUGAAGAAGAUGAGACUUUCUACAGUCUGGCCUCAGCUCGCUCCCAUCCAAACCUCUCCAAAGCCCACUCUGCGCGACCUGUGUCUGUGGAGCUGCCUGACAAACCUGCCAGAAUGACUGGCACUACCAGUGACCAGCUCAUCGGUCUUCCAGGGUACAGACGGAGCACAAUCCAUUUACAGCCUACUAGUACAUUCUGCGUUGGGACAGAGAACGAGCCAGACGGUGCACCUGAUGACUGGUUGAGGAUUGCUGAGCUGCAGGCCAGGAACAAGGCCUGCCUUCCUCAUCUGAAGAGCAGCUACCCUGUGGAGUCUGAUACUGGCCGUAGCAGCACGUUCCUUUUCACAGACGAAGAACUCCGUAUGGGCGACCCCUCUGACACAAUCCGUCGCGCGUCGGUGAUGCCUGGCCAGCUCCAAGAAUCUCUCGCCUCCCGUCGGCACUCCCUCAUGAUAGGACACACAGGUGCCGCAGCCAGUACUCUUUCUCAUCGUCUGUCCUUGAUGCCGGGCCAGCUGCCAUCAAAAGUUGUCAGCUCCUCUCAGCUGAGGAGCCCAAAAGGCUCAAAGCGGUCUUCAUCUACGUUGUCCGUUCAUCAGACUUCGCCUGAGAAAAAGGUGAGGGCCAGCUGCUUCCCUCGUCCACUCACUCCCAAAAACAAGAAUGUGAUCAGUGGAUCUUCCAGCUCUCAGCAUCACACUGCUCUCACCCCAGCUGACCGGAAGCAGUCUAUGGUGUUCACUAUUGACAACACACCUAAAAACAGCAACUACCUAAGGAAAGGGCUGAACAAACUACGUAGCUCCACCCGAAAAUCUCCAGGCAAAAGUUCAAAGAAGUCGCCUGCUCAGACAUCUGCACGUACCAAGUGCCAUGAAAACAUGCCUCUGGGGAAUUCUCGUGCUGGGGUGGGACGAGCAGGCAGAACUGGCAGCGUUAAGUCACCCCAGGUGGCAACUAAAGGACAGAGGAAGUCUCCACGAGGCACCAGCAGGACUACAAACUCUUCUGGACUAACUGCCAGUGCUCGCAAGAAUUGUGUGUCUGUAAAGACGGGAAAUCUUCCUGGAAGUCAAAGAAGAUGAUGAGGAUGAAGUUGUGAAGAGGCUGGUUCUCAUCUCUCUGCACUUCUGCUACUUUACAGUUUCCUUUUCCAAAAAUUUCAUUUUUAUAUUUUUGUUGUCCUUCUGGACAAAGACUUUUACAAUCAUCUCCCUUAAUUUCUUUAUCUUCUUAAUAUUGUCAUAUGUUUGGUAAUAAAAACAUUUAAAUUAAACAUUGUGGGAAAGCCUCAUAAUUGAGCCCUUUAACCAGUUCUCAGAGUUGAGUCUGUGACUCUGAUGAUGUCAAGGAUGAUGCAGGUAAUCUUGGGAGAGAGGUUCAUAUUUUAAUACAUCAUAAUAUUCAGAAAACAUCGUAGUAACUUGUGUACUAUCCCACAGCUGGUUCUAUGAAUUAAUGAUUUAUGGUUUACUGCUGGUUGAAGAUGAGGUCACAGCCAUUUUGCUCUGUGACAGACUCCGCAUUGGUUUAAAGGACCUUUUUGUAAGAUUUAGUGGCAUCUAGUGGUGAGAUCAUAACCAACUGAAACCCGGUAACUCAACCAGGUGUGAAAAUAUGGUGGACAGCAAAAAUGUGAUUCUUACUUUCAGGUGAUUAUACACUAAUGAAAACUUUAUGGAUAUUAUGUCUGCAAAUAGAUCCUCCUAAAUGUUACACACUGGA